GUGUAGUAACCCUCUUCUCUUCUCUCUCUCUCUCUUUUCUAAUCUUAAGAAUAAAACUGGGUUGGAACAAACGUUUUUGCUUCUUUUUUCCUACUUGAAAAGAAGCUUCCUGUGAGGUCAACAAUAACCACAACUUGACCCAGUUUUGAUUCCUCCAUGGCUUGUCUUUAGGGUUUGAAGCCUCAAGAGUCAAAUAUGAAGGCACCGACUCUUACAAUUCUCUUGUGCUAAGAACCUGCUUUUCUUAGUUUUCCUUUACAGCCUCAAAAAUCUGGGUCGUGAAAUAUCUUCCUCAAAAUAUUUCUUGAGGUUACAAUUAGCAGAAUCCGAGGUGGGAAUACUCACUACUCUAUAAUUUCAUGGAGUUGAUGCAAGAAGUGAAAGGGUAUUCUGAUAGCAGAGAAGAAGAAGAGGAAGAGGAAACAGCAGAAGAGAUUAUAACAAGAGAAGAAAGCAGUGGCAGUAAGCACAACUACCCCUUUUCUUCACCCUCUUUCUCUUCUUCUCCUUCAUUAACAAAUUAUACAUUACAUCCUCAUCAUCAUCAUCAUCCAGAGGAGGGUAUCACUGCUAUUGAAUCUCACAAUUCAUCAUCUGGGCUAGGGUUAUUACACCAGCACCAAGAUGUAGCAGCUUCUUCCAAUUUCACCAAUAGUCACACAAAGCAGCUAGACUUCAUGGAGUUAUCACUUGGGAACAAUAACAACAAAGAUGUUAGUGAUGAAGCCAAUUUCCAAGGAUCAGGAGGAGUUGUUCCACCUCCUAAUCCUGCUGGUUAUGGCCAUGCAAGUGCUGGUUCUUCUUCUUCUUCCAACAACAACAACCAUCCAACUGAGAAAGAGCACAUGUUUGAUAAAGUUGUGACACCAAGUGAUGUAGGGAAGCUGAACCGUUUGGUGAUACCAAAACAGCAUGCUGAGAAGUAUUUCCCUCUUGAUUCCUCAACAAAUGAGAAAGGUUUGCUCCUCAAUUUUGAAGACAGGAAUGGAAAGUUGUGGAGGUUCAGGUACUCAUAUUGGAACAGUAGCCAGAGCUAUGUGAUGACCAAAGGAUGGAGCCGUUUUGUUAAGGAGAAGAAGCUUGAUGCUGGUGAUGUUGUGUCGUUUCAGCGUGGUGUUGGGGAAUUGUAUAGGCAUAGGUUGUUCAUAGAUUGGAGGAGAAGACCUGAUCAUGGCCCUGAUCCAUCAACAACACUCUUCACACCUUUCUUUCUUCCAAAUCAGCCACACUUGUCACAGUACUCUAUUAGAUGGGGUGGAACUGGAAGAUUGUACUCCUUGCCUUCACCACAGGCACCAAGGAACCAUAACCAUUUGCAGCAGCAGCUCAAUUACAACAACAAUAUGUAUCCCUUUCAGCAUCAACAACAGCACCACCAUGGUGGUGGAACUCCUCACUACAACAACUACAAUGAACUGAGUUCAGGAUCUGGCUCGGUCUAUUACUUGAGGUCAACCCCAUCAAUGCCAAGGGGUGAUCAAAGCUUGACAAGGCAACGACAACAAGAGGGAGGGAAUAUUUCCCCCAUGAUCAUUGAUUCUGUUCCUGUUGCUCACCAUCAUCAGCAGCAUCAUCAUCAUCAUCACCAUGGUGUUAAGAGUGGUUCAAGUAGUAGUAGUAGUAAACGGCUAAGGCUAUUUGGGGUGAACAUGGAAUGUGCUUCUUCUUCUUCUUCUUCUUCACCAUCAGAAGACCCCAAAUGUUGCAGCUUAUUGUCCUCAACUUCGGUAGCACAUGUGACAAUGGCUAAUUCACUUCCCUCUUCUUCUCUACCACCUCUUCAGCUUUUGAGGGUACCCCAUGAAGACACACUACUCUCACCAUCAACAAGGUUUGGAGAUCAAAGAGGGGAAGCUUCAAUGCUUUUUGAUUUGGACCCUUCUUUGCAAUACCGGCAGUGAUUGAAACAAAUUCAGGAGACAAAUAAUGAAGAAGAUACGAGUUCUAAAGUUACCUGGGCUAGAGCUACACUCUCUUUUGCAGCAUUUUUAAUUUUUAAUUUUUUUCUUUCUUUCUCUUUUUGGUUUCUUUCAUCAGCUACAAAGGAAAGAGCUACUAGACUUUCUUCUUCUUCUUCUUCUGAUCAGUAAUUAGUGUUUAGCUUUUGAACUUAUAGUAAGUUUAGAAGUGCUCUCGAUGAAUUAAUUAGCUGGGGAUUUGGGUCCUGAUGAAGAAAUGGAACAUCAUGAAAUCCAAGGAGAUCAAUUACGUUUAGACCUUUCAAUUGUGUAUAAUACAAUACAAAUUUAUAUAUAUAUAUAUUUAUUGCUUCAAUACUGUGCUCUCUCUCUCUCUCUUUCCGUUUGCAGCAUUUAA